UCUAUUACAGACUUGUAGAAUUUCUUUCUAUAUUUUAGAUACCGAAAACGAAAAAUACAUUCCUUGUCCUAUUUUUUAAAAGUUUACAGAAAAGCUUGUACACCUCCUACUCUAGGGCCUGGUGGUCACAUGGCUCCAAGGCCCCCUGGUCAUAAUCCUGUGUUCCUCAGUGUCUGAGACUCACAAGUGGGGGUGGGGGGGGACCACUGGUCUAGAGAAGGGUGUUCAGUCCAAAUGCUCACCUCCUGCUUCUCUGACCUCUGUUACCUCCUCCUCUCUCUUCUUUUGCUCAGGUCAUUAUCUUCCCAGCCAUUUGUGCUACUGAACAACACUUGGGUCCCUUUGCCUGCAGCAGUAAAGCCAACCUCCUGACACCAGGUGGUGGUGAAGGAAAGUGCAGAGUUUAACGGGAGGCUCCAGAUAAGGAGUCCAGGGCAGCUUAUGCUCUAAAAGACCAAACUCCUUGACGGGUUUCAGGAAAGCUUUUUUAAAGGCAAACUGAAGGAGGACUUGCGUGAUCAGCUUGAAUACAGUUCUCUGACUGGUUGACCUUGAAGUCACAGGGUGGGGAAACAGGGGUUAAUAGCAUUAACCAGUCAGUCUGAGGACUAUGGGCUCACAGUCACUAUGUAGUUAACUUCUGUUUCAUGGGGACUUUAGCAUCUGUAACAGAACUCUGGAAUAUGCAUCACAUACUGUUACCUAUGUACUUCAGGGAGGAACCAAAGAUUCUGUGACUGCCAUAUGACAGAUUUCCUCUUUAAAUUGUUGCCAAUCCUCCUGGCCCAACUGAUAUUUUUGUCACUACAUGUUCGCAUCCUUGCAAUAAUUAAUUCUUGAGCCAGGCUUUUGUGACUUGAGAGAGAGCUAGGAGACUAUUUUCUGCAAACAAGAGGCAGGCAGUGGACGUGGUGGAAGAGGUCUGUCCCAGAAACACCUGAUAGCAUCCUGCUCAGUCUCUCUGCCACCCCAGCUCACUGUAUUCCAAGUCUAACACGUGGGGCUGCUUGUCAGGCAGGUCUCGACCAUGUCUAGAAUAUGCUUCGAUGGGGAUACCAUCCAUUGCUGAAAGUUAUCAACAAACAAAGUCUAAUAAGAAUAGAAAAGAGUUGUAAUUGAGCCAAACUGAGUACAACAGCCCAGAAGACAGACUCUCCUAAGGCUGUGGUUUUCAUCACAGUCAGAACAGAGAACAUCUAAUAAGUCAGGGAUCCCCUGAAUGCAGGUUUUAAGAAACCAGAUCAGCACGUAACAUGGUGAGACAGUAUGGCCUUGGCUCCUGUUGAAUGAGUCUUGUCCCUGAAGGAGAACCAGCAUUGGUGUUCCAGGAAGGGGGGCAUUUUGUCUCUAUUUGUAGUGUUCAGAGUCUUUAUUUCUGGUCAACGAGUCCUUUGCUUUAAUGAUUAAAGCAGGUGUACAAUGUACAUUUGAUAGGUCACAAACAGGCUGGUAGCCUAAAGUUUGAGUUCCAUUAUGUGUAAGCCAGAAGGACCUGCCCACACCUCAAAAUGGGAGCAUUUCUUUUCUCACCAUGUUCACAGAUUAGAAUCGAAAAGGGAUGGUGGGGAAACUCAGGCAAACCUCUUACUUUAGAUAAACAUGACCUCUCCCUGCUCACCUCUGCACCUGCCCUCCUCUGGGUGGGGCUGUGUUCCCUCAGAUGGCAGCUCCCUCUAGUGGUGGCUGCAGGGAGGAGAGGCCAGACUCCUUUCCCUUCAGGUUGCUGUGAAGGAGGCCAUGGCCCUGAGGGGGGUCCUGGGUUCCCAGAGCUCCGAGCUUUGGUCCUGGGCUCCCACCCACGGGCCCUAGUGCAAUGCUGGGCUGGAGAGCCAGGGCUCAAACCCACAGCUUUGGCAUUGUUAUCUGGGUGCCCACUCCUUGCCUUUGGAGUUUAAGGAAGGCACUGGAUUUCCUGAACCUUAAAUUUCUCAUCAAAAAAUGGAGUUAUCUCUAGGACCCACUACUCCAGAUAUGCUCCCGAACUGAGAAUUCUUCAGCUUCAGUCAGGUGACAUGGUGUCUCUACUCUGUAGGACAUAACACCUCACUGGGGUCUGAAAGUACCUUGUAAUAAAACAUAUUGGUAUUUCUGCAAGUGUAGUUUUGAACAUUCCCACUAAGUCAAUUAAACAAAGACCAUUAAUUUUCUCAUAUUUGUUUAGGUCAAAAUUUGUCACAAAACAAUUUUUUUUAAAAAAUUCAUUUUCAGUUUUGAGAGACUUGAAGUUCUGGGAUUGUAGAUAAGGACCCUCCUACCCUGUUUCUCCAUAGAUAAUGGCAAAACCUAGAAGAGGCAACAAAUGUUCAUGGUGCGAGGUUUGAGAUAAUACCAGUCUCCUGACAAGGCCAAGGGUGACGGGUGGGGAGCAUCAUUCUGGAGCAGCUGUGUCGUUACCCAAGCGUCUGAGCCAAUGCUUCAAACUCUGCUGAUCCUGAGCCUGAGCUACCACAGGUCCCUGAGCCUCUUCCAAGCAUCUGACUGAAUCCAUCUCCAGAGUCGAUUUUUCUCUGAUGAUUCCUCAGCAAAGACCACUGGCAUUCCUGUGACCUCAACCUGCCUGAACAUCACAACUACCAUGUCCACCUGGUUGAUAUACUCGGACCAUGAGUUUGUGGACUGCUGCCUCCAGCGGAUGCAGCUGUUCUCCACUUGUGUGGCCUUCUCCCUGGUGGCUGACAUGGGCAUUGGGCGGGGGGCGGUAGGUAACUGGACCCUGUCCAUCUGGUGCUUCUGUUUUGCUGUGACUCUCAUCAUCCUUAUACUCCAGUUUUGUGAGUUCCCGUCCCGUUUCCCUUUCUUCUGGUACAAAUUUUCCGUCACCUAUGCCUGUUAUGCUGCUCUCCUCUGUCUCUCUGCCUCCAUCACCUAUUCCAUCACCUAUGUCCAGUUCCUGCCUUAUGGGCCUUACCGAGACCGGGCCAUCACUGCCACUGCAUUCUCCUGCAUCGCGUAUGUGCUUUAUGCCAUGGAAGUAGCAGAAAUCUGGGACUUGUAUAAGCUCAAUAGUGUCACCUGCUAUGUGCUCACUGUGCCAGGCCUGCUGAAGAUGCUGGAGACCUUCACGGCCUGUGUCAUCUUCGCCUUCAUCAGCAACACCUCCCUGUACCAGGACCAGCCGGCCCUGAGGUGGUGCGUGGCCGUGUACACCAUCUGUUUCCUCCAUGCCACCGUGGUCCUUGUGCUGAACCUGGGGGACUGUGAAUACAGGCUGCCCAUCCCCUUCCCCAUUUUCCAGCUGGGGCUCACCCUGCUCUCCGUCCUCCUCUACGCCAGCGCACUGGUCCUCUGGCCUCUCUACCAGUUUGAUGAGAAGGUGGGUGGCCAGCCCCAGCGGUCCAGCGAUGUUAGCUGCAAAGAUGAGCUCACCUACUCCGUGUGCGCCUGGGACCAACGACUGGCUGUGACAGUCCUGACAGCCAUCAACCUGCUGAUUUAUGUGGGUGACCUGGUGUACUGGUCCUGUCUGUUUUCUGUAGGGACUGAGGAUCAUCAAUGGGCUCCUGAGUCACUCUUCUCACCAGAGGUAUCUCUACAGAGUUCUGACGUCCCUUGACGUCUUCUUCCUGGCUCUCCUCACUCCCUUCUCACAUCCUUCCUCACUCAUCUCACUCUCUUUUAUAUCUCCUUCCCUUCUUUGGCUCCGACUCCCUUCCUCUUUUCUUUGCUUACCCGAACUCUGCUUUGCCUCUUUCUCUUUCCAUUCUCAUAUUUUCUACAUUUUUCUUCCUUUUGGUCCUUUUCUGCUCAUUCUGAGACUCUCUUGUAUCCUGAGUCCCUCUUCCCAGUUUUCCUCCUCUGAUCAAUGUGGACCCUGACACUUCUUCCUCCUCGCCCACCCCCACCCCACAAGGUGCUGAACUCACAUCACACAGCCCUCUGUGCAGCUCUUCCUACCCUGGGCUUCGGGAGGGGGCUUGUUGCCAAAGUCUGCUUGUUGCCCUGGCUGUGCCUUAGUUGGUGUAUGUCUUGGGGUGUGUUGGGGGUGGUAGCUAGACAUUGGGCCCCCUUUCUCUCAUAAGAGGGGGGUGUACAGUGUGGAUUACCUUUAAGUUAAAAAAAAUUCAGGAGGUCAACAAUUUCCAAAUGGGAAUCUUGAAGCAGGGUCAUUGGAAACAUGAGCCCCACCUGGUGCUCAGCCCCACCUGAUCCUGGCUCCAGAAUUAUUCUAGGUUUACUAAACACCACCAAUUAGGGCCAUCUUGAGGGAAGUUGGGGUGAUGUCCAUCUUAACUACUCUCUAGGGAGUCAAAAAAAGGAGCUGACAAUGAACCCCAAGAUUUUGAAGACUACUGUCUAGUUUUCAGGGGCAGUGAUGUGGUCUUCCUGCCUCAUUGUGAAAUACAUCAUGUCCUGCCUUUUCAGGGAGAAGAAAAUGCCCAUUGCCAGCCUUAAAGCUGUAGCCUGCUUGUUUUUUUUUUUUUUUUUUUUUUUUUUCUGGCCAGGAAGUUGACUCUAUUCUUAAAGAGGAAGUUUCUUUUCAAAUUUCUUGGUCAGGUGGGUUGGGUGUGUGGGAAUUGCUGCUGCCACAGUGAAUGGAAUUUCAUGGCCUGACUGUGUGGUGCACACACAGGUGUGUUUCUGUGUGCCAGUUGCUUUCUGCUGCUGCUUCCUGAUUCUUGGGGAUGUAGGCAUGGUGGGAUCUAGGUCAAUAUAUGUCAUUUUUUAAGAUUCCCCAGAGCUUGGGUUACCAUCAACCCCUGGUGUCGGUCAUAGAGAAAAGCCUUGUCCCUUCUCCCACAUUCAUAAUGUGCCUUUUCGUCUCAAUACAAAGAUGAGAAAAAACAAAGGACCCCCACCAAACCAAAAUCUAAAUAUUCUAACUGCCCCCAAAUUGUCCAGAGCUCAGAUGAGUCCUGGCCAAUUUCUUUCCUCACCCAAAACAGUUUCUAGGAGCCCCUCCCACUGGCUCCCCAACCCCACCUUAGCUUGAGCCUAGAGGUGAGGCCCAGCCUAUGAAACAAGAUGUUGCCUCCCCCAGUGCCCCACAUCCAGUCCCCUAGCUCUUCAAAUACCCUGAAUUCUCCUGGAUGUGUCUCUUUAAAGAUGUAUACCCGAGUGAAUGCUCAGUGUGUGGGUGUGUGUGUGAGAGAGAGAGAGAGAGAGAGAGAGAGAGACCCUGUGCUCCACUGCUUUGAGACCAGUAUCCCUUUGCAAUAACUAGUGGCUGUGGAGGCACCACAAGCCUUCUUCCUUUCCUAUUCACAACACAAAACCCCAGAACCCAGUAUCCUAGUGUCAGCAGGGCAGGGCAGAGGGGCCAGACCAGUAGGCUGUGGGGGAGGGAAGGGGAAGGACCCUCAUGGUUGCCUCUCAAUCUUGUCCUGGGAGGAAGCCUGAGUCUCUUACCCAGGGGCAGGCGCUAUGGAUGGGGACGGCUCACAGGGAUUGUCCCCCUGGCAAGAAAAUCUUAAGAAUCAGUGAAAUAAAAUUCGUAUUUGAAGGCAAGACAAAAAAACUUAAACAUAAAAAUUUUCUCUGCACUGUGCACCUCCUCCCUCCCCUCUAGUGUGAGUGGUGCAUCUGCGUUACAUGUUAACCAGACCUCCCCAAGGGCAAAAAUGUCUGAUCCGCAAUAAGGAUGGAUUUUUUUUAUGAGGUACGACCUCACACCAGUCAGAAUGGCCACCAC